AUGGUUUUGAACACGUCAAUGGUCAAGUCCAAGUUCCUCAGCAACCCCGAGGAUCUCGGCGUCGUUGCUGUUGGCUUCUCUGGCGGACAGUGCAAGAAAGGCGUCGAUGCCGCCCCCAAAGCCCUCAUCGAAUCCGGCUUGCUCACCCAGCUCCGCGACGAGCUAGGCUACAAGCUCCAUGGCGACGAUGAGGUGCACCUCUACACCGACCUCGUGCCUGCCGACGACCCGCCCUUCCGCAACAUGAAGAACCCCAAGGCCGUGUCAUCCGUGACGGAGCGCAUCGCCGACCAGGUCUACCAGCAGUCUCGCCUCGGCCGCUUGACCCUGACCCUCGGCGGCGACCACAGCAUCGCCAUCGGCACCAUUGCCGGCUCCGCAAAGGCCACCCGCGAGAGACUCGGUCGUGAGAUCGCCGUCAUUUGGGUCGAUGCCCACGCCGACAUCAACACCCCCGAGACGAGUGACAGCGGCAACAUCCACGGCAUGCCCGUGGCUUUUGUCACGGGGCUGGCCAAGGAGUCCAGGCCCGAAUACUUUGGCUGGCUCAAGGAUGAGCACUUGCUGAGCAUCAAGAAGCUAGUUUACAUUGGUCUGCGGGACGUCGAUGCCGGCGAGAAGAAGAUUCUACGGGAGAAUGGCAUCAAGGCCUUUAGCAUGUUUGACAUUGAUAGAUACGGCAUUGGACGCGUCAUGGAGAUGGCGUUGGCGCACAUUGGCAACGAUACCCCGAUUCACUUAUCAUUUGACGUCGACGCACUCGACCCCAUGUGGGCGCCGUCAACGGGCACGCCGGUCCGCGGCGGUCUCACUCUGAGAGAAGGCGACUAUAUCUGCGAGUGUGUGCAUGAGACGGGCAGUCUCGUAGCGCUGGACCUUGUUGAGGUCAACCCGUCGCUUGCGGCCGAGCAGGAGGGCGCGGCGUCCGAGACGGUACGGGCGGGCUGUUCGCUUGUGCGAUGCGCUCUGGGGGAGUCGUUGCUUUGA